GUUGACAGGCUCCUCCAAAUUAUGAAAAGCUAUGCAGUGGUUGCACGUUGCUAUUCGUUGACCUCAGCUAGGCUGCGCUGGUCCAAUGUUCAAAAAUUGGUACGAUCCAAAAAUGAGGCAUAACCUUCGAAGUUUACCCUUAGCGGUUCACACGAUCCGCCUAAUUGAUGAGAACAUGGUCACAGCCGAGAAUAUAUAACUCAGCGUUUUUUUCCUCAUGUGACCAAAAUUUGAAUCCUACUCAAAUUCUCACUUGUCACCUCAGGAUAGCAAGCAAACACAAGCUCACCUUUCAGUCUCUUCGCCAGGUUGCAUACGACGCGCCGGCCACUCUCAGCGCAACAGAGUCCAUUUCGUUCAAGAUGCGGAUUUCCAUCUUCGUUUCUCUGGCACUCCUGGCCAGCGUUGCUGUGUCCAAGCCUAUGCCGAAGAAACCUCUUAACAACCCCUUUACCCAUGAUAAGAAGCCGUCGACCACUGAGCCCGGCAUACCACCCGAGGGAAAUGGCACCACGACUACCGCCAACACCGCGCCGUCGACUAGUACUACAGCCUCAGACAUCACCACGCCAUCUGCUAGUACUACGGCUUCAGACAGUACCACGCCAUCUACUAGUAGUACAGCCUCAGACAGUACCACGGCAUCUACUAGUACUACAGCCUCAGACAUCACCACGCCAUCUACUAGUACCGCGGCUUCUAAUAUUACCACGUUCUCACCAAUUACUCUAGUCGCAACGAUUACCACUGUCUCACCCAUAAUCACUGUGUCACCCGUCGUCACAGUCACACCAUUUACCACAGUCACGCCCAUCACCACCCUUACACCUGUUAUCACGGUCGUAAACAUGACCACAGAAUCGACUCUUACCACAGUCUCACCCAUCACCACGGUUGCACCUGUUAUCACGAACACACCCGUUACCAUAGUCUCAACCAUUACCACGGUCUUCGCACCCACCACUACAGCCUCAGACAGUACCACAAAUACUCUGCCUCCAGUCGAAACCCCGGAAAACAAUCCUGACAGAAGUAAUAACACCACCAAACGUUCCACGCGAGACUCCGUUGGCGACGACGACGACUUUUCCUGCGACACACUGCCGCUCGAGCGCGUCGUGGCACAAGGCCCCAGCAGCAAAACCUACAAAUUCACCAGUCGGGAUACUGCUAGAGAACAAAUCGGUCAAGAACAAGUGAAGGGCGAUCUCAGUGCUAUACAAACGAAACUGGAUCAAGUCAAUCUCGCUUUGCAGCACGUUAGCUGUGCCCGACUGGAGGAAGGCCUAAGGUUCAUCGCACAACAGGUGCAAGAAGCCGAGAUCAUCAUGGCUGACGCCCAGAACCUUUUACUGCUCCCUCCUGACUUGUAGCAUGGCGCGCGCCUGGCAAUAGAAGCGGUCUUGUCUUACAAAGUCCAUUCGCGAUAAUCUAUGGCACAAUUUGGUACUGGUGUGUGAUGGACUGCGAACAACUUUUUGCUACUGCGACAGCCAAAAGUCAAACCACUGAGAAAUGCUCCGCAGGCUUUCUUCUUUGACAUAGCCUGGAAUUUGGU